CCCCCUCGUCUCUCUCUCGAAGCCGCCCCCUCUCUCUCGCUCGCCAUAUCUCCAAUCGACUAAACCCAGAUCGAAGCUAGGGUUUAGUUCCCACCGCAGAAUCUCUCCUUUUUCUUGCAGGUAAAGCCCUAGCGGCACCAAGGUGGCUUAAGCUGAGUUGGAGUCUUUCCCAUCAGUAUGGGUUAUGAUAACGAGUGCAUAGUGAACAUCCAAUCUCUUCCGGGUGAAUAUUUCUGCCCUGUAUGCCGCACCCUUGUCAAUCCGAGCGAAUCUUUACAAGCGCAAUGCACACAUCUGUACUGCAAACCCUGCCUAGCUUAUCUAGUAGCCACUACCCCUGCCUGUCCUUACGAUGGUUACUUGGUGACCGAAGCAGACGCUAAGCCACUGACAGAAUCUAGCAAAGAACUUGCUGAGACCAUUGGCAAAGUAGCGGUUUACUGUCUUUACCACAGGAGCAGUUGUCAGUGGCAGGGGACAUUGGCAGAAAGCAGUGCCCAUUGUGCUGGAUGUAGCUUUGGAAACUCUCCUGUGGUAUGCAACCGAUGUGGAACCCAGAUUGUGCAUCGGCAAGUGCAAGAGCAUGCACUAAUAUGCCCUGGUGUCCAGCCUCAAGCACAAGCUGGCCUGAAAUUCCAGGUUCAAGCUACCCCAGAUCGCAUCCAUCUGCUGCUCAGCAGCAGCUGUAGCUGCCUACUGACAUUCUGCUCCACGCAACAGCAGCUGGCUACUCCAGCUGCUCCCAGCACCAAGCUUCUGCAUCAGCAGCCGGAUGUUUCUUCAGGGCCCACACUCAUAAUCCCUGCUGCUGCGACUCCAGCGUUGCUGCUGCUCGCUGCUCACAACCAGGCACGCUCAGGCUCGCAACCCCUGAAGCAAUGGCCAAGGCGCUCCACAGAUGCAGCUCCACCCUCAGUCAAAUGCCACCGUUCCUCAGGCCUCCGCUCAGGCACCAGCCCUCGACCUCAUAAACAUCCACCCCAAACUCAUCCAAUCCAACAACAGCCUCCUAUGCAGAUGCAACCUCAACCUCAGUCCCAUCCCCAUCCGCAGAUGCAACCCCCACAACCUCAUGCGCAUCCAGUAUCUGGAUAUCAAUCUUAUCCACAACCGACUCUUGGUGUUCCACAACAGCAGCCUCCUAUGCAUAUGCAUCCCCAACACCCUCCUCAAUCUCAGGGUCAGUUUCCACCCCAACCUCCUCAGAUGCGUCCACCCCAUUCUCAAAUGAUGAUGCCACCUCAAGGUCCUCCUGCCAAUCUUCAUCCUAUGCAGCAGCAUCCGAUUCAACAACCAGGCCAACAAGUCUAUCCACAACCUAGUUUUCCUCAGGGACAACCACAAGCUCCUUUCCAUCCUGGUCAGCAGCCACAGCAAGUCCCUCCCCAGCAUCAGCCAGUUCCUCAGUCUCCUGGUACUGGAUCUAAUCUCAUGCAGCCUAGUAUUAACCAGCAACCACUAAAUCAGAAUUAUAGCGGAAGGGUUAAUCAAUCUGGACCCAUUCAACAGUCUCAGGCACCCCAUGGUGGGAAACAAGGUGGUGCAUCACCUGCUACCCCAAAACAAGAGGAUGGUUUAGUUGUAAAGAAUGCUGAAGGGACCAAAUCAGGGGAGAAAAGCACUGAACAUGUAUCUGAUACCAUGUCCAAGAGUAAUGAGGAGAAAACAGCUGCAGAUGCAAAGGAUAAAGACAGCCAAGCUGAGAAUGAGAACAAAGAUGUCCCAGAAAAUAUUGUAAAGGAUGAAAUUGUGGAUGGCCAGCUGGUUAAGAAGGAAGAAGACACCAACUUAGUGGGUGGGUUGACUGAGGGUUCUUAUAGUCGUAAGGGCCGAGAAGGCAAAUUUGAUGACAAAUCCAGUGCACAGCUCAAAGGAGAAGGUGUCCCCGAAGGUCAGAAUGCUGGAAAUAUUAGCAGUAUGCUGUCUCAACAAAUGCAAGCAACUCAUGCUUUAGAUAGAGGUCAGUUGCAGCAACAAUCUGCACACCAAAGUGGAUUUCCUGCUCAAGGACGUGCGUAUCCACCUACUGGUCAAGGAAUGCCUCCGGGCCCCCCGAAACAACUUCCUUACGGACAUCAACCUCACAUGUCUGACCCAGGAAUGAUAUCCCAAAGACCUCCUGUACCUGACGGGAUGUUUCAACAACCCAUACAUCAGUCUAGUCAAGAAAGAAGGUUUCCUGAGCCUUCUCCUCAGGUGCCUGUGCAUGGACAAGCCAUGCUGCCAAGUCAGAUGAGACCCCCUGUGCAUAAUGUACAUGAGACCUUUCCUCAACAGAGACAGAUGCCAGUAGUCCAAGAGGCUUGUUGGCCACCUCCACAUGCGGGCCCCCCCGGGCCCAGACUUCCACCACCACCACCGCCGCCACCGGGAGGUGCUCCGCAUCAUCAUGGAAUCCCACCGAAGGGUUUUGAUCAACAGGCAAUGGCACGACCUGUUAUGGGUGGACCACCCCCUGGUGCAUUGGAUGCACCUAACAGGAUGAUGGCAGGACAUUCUUUUACAUCUGAAGACAAGAUGGGAAGAUCGGCUAGCUUUAAUGCUAUGGAAGCUGAAGCACAUGCUAGCAGGAGGCCUGGAGUUUAUGAUGGCAGGCAGCCUGAUACUCAUCGGCCUCUGCCCAACGAGCAUGCUCCAUAUGGACACCCAAAUGCCAUGAAAAUGAAUGGGAUGACAAACAAUGCAGCUGUUGGUGGAAUGCAUGAAUCAGAAGAUAGGUUUAGGCCUUUACCAGAUGAAAGGUUUAAGCCUUUUCCUGAAGGAGGAUUCAAAGCAGCACACGAUGAGCAUUUUAGGCCUUCCUCAUUGGAUCCUGCUAGACAUGUCAAUAGGAGAGAGUUCGAAGAAGAUUUGAAGCAAUUUCCUAGGCCAGCUCAUUUGGAUGGUGAAGGUCCUCCUAGGUUUGAUGGUUAUCCGACAUCAAGGCCCCUUGAUAGGAUGGCACAACAAUCUGGAGGUGCAAAUGCAUUUAGACCACCAUCCUCUUAUCAAUCAGGUGCCCCUUUUCCGCCUAGGUUUGGUAAUUCAGAAAGUCCUCUGGAUAUUGCACGUGAACAUCUAGGAAGGAGACAUGACGGAAACUUUCCUCAUCCUGAUCGUCUCAAUCUUGUUCCUGAAUUUGAUCGUCCUCCUCUAAGAAGCCCAGGUCAUUUUAGUAGAGAUAUGCCUGAUGGCCUGCCUACUCAGCUAAGGAGGGGUCUGGAUGGCAUUGGUCCUGUUAAUCAUGGUUUGCCGAAUGAUAUGCGAGGCAAUGAAAUAAUGGGUCCACGAGAUAUGCCUAGCUUCAGAGGUAGUGGUUUUGGCGGGUUCCACAAUCAUCCUGAUAUUGCUGAAACUGGCGGCCUUGGAAACUUUCCUUCUCAUUUGCGAAUGGGUGAUGCAGGGUUCAAUGGACGGUUUAGUUCAGCUUCCCGUGAAGGUAAUAUUGACAGCUUUGAGCAAUCAAGGAAGAGGAAGGCUGGUGGCAUGGUCAGGUGUCUUAUAUGCAAAAUUGAUUGUGAGACUGUGGAGGGUUUAGAAGCGCAUUCCCAGGGAAGAGAGCAUCAGAAAAAGGCUAUGGAUAUGGUGUUGAGCAUUAAGAAAGAAAAUGCGAAGAAGCACAGAGCUUCUGCAAACGCUGCACCAUUUGAAGAUGCCAAUAAACCACGGAAGUCUGGCUUUGAUAAACGUGCAAAGAGGCAGUAAACAAAAAUGGCAUUGGCAGAAAAAUCAUGGUUGAUAUUUCUACGUGGUGACGACCAUUUGAAACUAUGAUAUUCUGGCAGUUAAGUUUGUUUUUUUUUCUCUCUCCUUUUAAUCUAGCAAAUGUGCGCUAUGCUGACAUUGAGCUGCACAUUUCUUUCUAUGGUUGGCUUUUCUGAUAUGUAGCUGCUUAUGAUGUCUUAUAUUUUCUUUUAACUGGAUAUUGUAGUAAGUUUUCCGAUAUUGGUAUCUGAAUCUCUUAUCAUUGAACUUGGGAUAUCCUACAGUUGUGACUUUCUUAUUCUGUA